AUGUCGCAAGACCACCCGUCGGUAACCUCGCGUUUUACACCGAAGUCAUAUGCGACACCAAGGAGGCAUCAUAAAUAUGAUACUGAUGAUUUACCAUCACAGCCUAUCAAAAUUGGGUAUCAAAAAGUCACUUUAGACAUUGAUUUGGCAGAGCAGUCAGUGCAUGGAGAGACUGAAUUGACCGUUCUUCCACUCAAUGCUAGUGUCAGGCAGGUAAAACUAGACUGUAGAGGAAUGCAAAUAAAGGACAUUACAGUGAAUGGCAAAAAGGCAAGCUACCAUUAUGGUGACUUCUUCCAAAACGAUGAGUAUCUCAAUGACACAGAAAACCCAGUGCUGGCCAACUAUAAAUACAACCCAAAUUAUGACACACAUUCCGAAGUGGUAAAGCUACAACAACACCAUUUCUACAGAUCCAGGUUCUAUCCAUUGUUUUCAGAUCAGAAUAAUCAAGCGAAUCCUUCCUCGUCGUACCCAGAGAACACAUCGGAAUUGGUAGUAUACGUUCCAGAUUCUAUCAAAUUAAGGCUUCACGACCCAACGUCAAAACAAACUUUUUCACCCAACGUCAAUUCUGCCCGGUCGCACACGCCUUUGACUACCAAUGCUAUGAUGAGCUCUGAUAAAGUAUACACUCCGUUGAAUAUCAAAAUUAGUUACCUGAUCAGGAACUCGAAAAAUGGAUUACUAUUCCAUGGAGGAAACGGCACAACGAUCCCGAAAGAUCGGUGGUUUUGCUACACCUCGAACAAUGAUCUGGGAUGCAGUGCUAGCUCGUGGGUUCCUUGUAUAGACAACUUUUACGAAAAACCUGCUUGGGACAUAAACAUAAUUGUGCCUAAAACGGUGGGUGACAUAGGAGAGACCAAAUUGGUUGGCUCCGAUGAAGCUAGGAAGGCUUUAAGAAGAAUGGAAACUGAAGAAGACGAAAUGGAUGAAGAACAAGAAGAGCGCAAUGAUACUCCAUUGGUAGUGGCGGUUCCAGAUUUGAUCGGUGUCAAAGAAUCGCCGUCUCCUCUAGAUGUCGGCAAAAAGGUGAUUAACUUUCAAUUUUACAAUCCAGUUCCUGCUCAUCACCUGGGCUUUGCCGUGGGCGCGUUCGAAAGCUGUCCAAUCUUGGACGUUAAGCCAGGUACUGAUGAGUUGGUCCCUUCCAAUGCCCUGGCAAAUCUCGCUGACAAUGACAUUAACAAUGCCACGAACUUCUCUGCUGAAUCCAACUCGAAUAAGGUGCCGACCAUGCUUUACUUCUUGCCUGGCCGGAAGGAGGAAGUUCUGAACACAACAGUUGCAAUGUACAAAAUGUUUGAUUUCUACUCUAAAGAAUUUGGCUCAUUCCCAUUCCCCAGCUACACGAUGGUCUAUGUCGAUGACAUGGCUUGCGACUCCUGUGCAUUUGCUGGUAUGACAAUCAUGUCUUCGAAAUUGCUGUACAGUCCAAAAUUGAUAGAACCCAUCUUUGAUGUGACAGAAAAGCUGGCAGUUGCUCUGUCUGAGCAAUAUUCCGGGAUCAACGUUCUUCCGAAAUCCUUGAAUGACUUCUGGCUGGUAAUUGGUAUUUCGUACUUCAUGGCAGGUCAGUUUCUGAAAAAGCUUUUUGGUGUCAACCGAUACAGAUACGAAGUCAAACUGCGCACCGAUUACCUUUGUGAAAUCGAUAUCGGAAAAAGGCCUUUGGCCAAUCAGUUGUUUCGCUUUCCGAUAAGCCUCUCCCAAGAUAUGGAAUUUAUAAGGCUAAAAGCUCCUUUGAUAAUGUUCAUUUUGGAUCGCCGAAUGACUAAGACUGAUAAGUCAUUUGGGCUGUCUCGUGUCAUCCCCAAGAUUUUUCUCCAAGCUAUGUCAGGGGAUUUGCUUAACGGAAAUUGUUUGUCGACCGCCCACUUCCACCAUGUUUGCGAGAAGGUGGCUCAUCAUAAGCUUGAGUCAUUUUUCCAAAAUUGGAUACAUAGUUGUGGAGUUCCAAUUUUUCAAGUGACGCAAAGAUUCAAUAAGAAGAGAAUGUUCAUCGAGAUGAGCAUCCGCCAGAUACAAAAGAAUAAUAAGUUGGAAACAAACGACGAACUGCAAAUGGACAUAAACUCAAAAGAAACUUUGAGGAAGCAGCAUCAGAGAGAGCAUUUCGUCGAUGAGGCUAAUAAGUUUUUAUCUGAAGAAGAGACUUUCUCUGCCCCGAAUGUGUUCACUGGCCCUAUAACUAUCCGUAUCCACGAAGCAGAUGGUACACCGUAUGAGCAUAUUGUUGACAUCAAGGAUCCCGUCACCAAGUUGGAUAUACAAUAUAACACAAAGUACAGAAGAUCUAAAAGAAGGAAAGAAGAAGAUCAAGAAGAAGCUGAGAGAAAGGAAAGAGAAAGGGAAAAGAGAGAAAGGGAUAAAUUGAGGAAAGAACGAGAAAAGGACAAAUUGCGUGGUGACGAUGAUGAACCAACGGUGAAGAAGUUGGGAGACGUGUUCAUGAAACCGAAGGAUCUAGAAGAUUGGGGUUUUACUGAAAAACAAAAAAUCGAAGAAAAUGACUAUGAAAUCCUUGGAGACGCCUUCGAAUGGCUGCGUGUGGAUGCAGACUUUGAAUGGAUUUGCAAGGUCUAUAUCAAUUUGAAUGAAAACAUGUUUGAAUCCCAGUUGAGACAAGACCGAGAUGUGGAAGCACAGUUAGAAAGUGUCAAGUUUUUUUCGGAGUCAUUGCACCCAUCAAUCUAUUUUGCAACGGUUUUGAUGAGAACCAUACUUGAUAAACGGUAUUUCUAUGGCGUAAGGGCCGAAGCGGCUUUAGGACUAGCAAAACUUUCAAAGGAGGAUAACGAUCAUCUAGGAAUGAGAUUUUUGCUCAAAGCUUACAAGUACUUUUAUUGUUACAACAACACCAUAUCGAAAGGAUAUCCUGAGCUGGACCCAAAUGAAUAUUUACCGCUGCCUAACGACUUUUCGGAAUUCAGUGACUACUUUGUCAUGAAAGCCAUUGUGACUGGUUUGUCAACCGUGACAAAUAAAAAUGGCGACAGUCCGAUUGAAUUGAAGAAAAUCAUGCUCAAUAUUUUGAAAUUCAAUGACAAUAAUAAUAACUACUUUGAUGAUUCCUUUUAUCUUGCCAACUUCAUUACUUGUUUGACAAAUUUGAUAGUCAGCUCAAAUAAAAAAAUCCCGAACCACAAUGAAUCCCAUGUUGAGAUGGACCAAAGAAAUCUUACAGACCCUACCGAAAAGUUCCUAAUUGAAUCCAUUGUGGAGAUAAAUAGGGCCGCAAAGAUGGACCAAUGGUCUCCCUCCUAUCAUCAUAUUGUUACAGUGACAAUGCUUCAAGAGAAAGUGCGUUUGGCCCUACUAGGCCUUGUUGACCUCUCCUAUAUUGACUUGAUUCCAUACACUAGACCGUUUUACGAUUCAGAUAUUAGACUCAGAGCCUUUGAAAGUCUUUUGCUCUUAGGUGGUCUGAGAAACUCGCACGUUCUGUCACUAUUCUUCACAACUCUAAAGCUUGAGACUUCCCAUUACCUUCGUCACCAUUUGAUACUUGCUCUUAUGCGAGCAGUAGGCGCGGCUGCCGUGGACGGAGUGUUUCCUAACCUCGAAGACGAUGAGUUCUUCAGAGCGAAAAAAGGUGAUUCCGACGAAAAGAAUAACACCCUCGUAAUUGUGGAGGACAGUGGAGCAGGUAAUGAAAUGAAGACCCGACGCGACCAGCUAUCUCGACUCACCAUGAAAGGAGCAUUGGACAUUCUUCGCAGGGACUUGAGCAUAGGUACGGGACUACGCAAAGAACUUUGGCUGGCAAUUCAUUCGUGCUUGCUGUCUGUGAGUGCGAAACGAAAUUUAUUUGAUGUUAUAGAAGUCAUCUUCGAAGCCAUUGACUCUUUCAAGGUCACCACAAAACUUCCGAACGAGAGGAAGUUGGUUGCUAAGGUCACUGAUGUUAGUAUUGAGCCUCAUUCUGAGACGUACAAGGUGACAUUCAAAAGACAAGGGAGACUUAAAAUUCAGAUUCCAACUAUCAAGCUCAAGGUCACUGAUAAUAGCAGCUCUCGCUCCACGCAGAAGCCAAAACGCUCCUCUGUUUCAGAGCCAUCUUCAGAUCCAAGGGCUCCAAGGGAAAAAUUCGAAGUCAAAUUCAAGUAUAGAAAACUUUCCAACAGAAGGCGUGUGGCAUACGAUAUCAUUCAAACCGAUAAUCAAUCACCUCUUCGCUACGUGCGUUUCCAAAUGUUUGAAAAGAAAGUUUUGGUGUCCAACGAUGAGAACUUUGGUGAACUAAAGAGCUUGCCGGUCAAAUUGAAAAUCAACCCUGAAAAGCUGCGCCAGCUUAAUCCAGUUAAGACAGAACCUAGUACCACCCUUUCCGCUCCAGAGUCAGCUCCAGAGUCAAACGGUUACUCUCAGUAUGGAGAAGAUGUCCAGAAUAAUUAUAUUCCAGGAAGCCAAGCAAUGGACACUUCGGAAAAAAUAGAAGCUGGUGAUGACGUCGCAUCUAAUCCUGGUGACUCAAGGAGGACCUCUCUUGAUAGAGUGCCCCCAUUAAAGACCGAGCCAGGAGCUUCCGGAAUAGAAAUUGGAGCUUCGGCUGAUCCUGAGAGGAUCUCUACGCAAAGUCGCUCGGCAACGCCUUCAUUGCCAAAGAUUAAGCUCAAACUGAAAUAG